AUGAUCUCCGACCACCGUAAGCGCGGGUCUGCGGACGGGGUUGUGUACAAAGGAGAGUUUAAAGAAGGCACAUUCCAUGGCGUCGGCGAAUUGAUAUACACUACGCAUCAAGAUAAAGGCUGCUCCAUCAUACGCGGUAUAUGGGAGAACGGUGUCAUGAAGUCGAGGACAUUGCGCUUUUCUGACACCCUUGAGUAUGACGAAUAUAAAUGGAAGUAUUGCGUUCCACCUGAUAGAAGGUUUGAUAUAGAAUACCAAACAAGCAUCCAGCCGGCUGGCAAGUCUUAUCUGACGGCGCAACAGCCCACUAACGAAAUACCUCCCGGCUACUACGAUACUGGGGAUGGACUGUACAGUCCUAACACAAAAGUUGUUUACAAUUACCAUGAUCUUACUUCCAUAAAAAGGGCUACGUCUGAACAAGAGCAGCGAUGGAUAGUAGAGAAUUGUCGAUUCGCAGAUCUAGGACCAUUGGGUCCCCGGCCUGACAUGUACGAGACCUAUCAACAGCCAACAGACCUUCUGACCCCUCCACCGCCGCCACCGACCACCAGCAUUCCUAAAAUAAUAAGCUCCCAAUUCGAUAUGGAAUAUCAUACGCCCGAAAAGGACUUCUACGAUCCAUCGAAAUUCAGUUCACCGUCCACGCAAAAAUUGGAUCAAAAAUUGCCAUCCAAUCAUAAUUUAAAAAAAUAA